GCACACAGUUCCAAUCGAGAGGUGCCAGUGAACGGACGGACGACCGGACUCGAAGCGAAGGAAUCUCAAAGUCUUACGCGUUCGAGGGGCGUCUGAUUUUUUUUUUAAGGGAAAGUCCAGGACAAGUGACGAACUGGAAAAGGCAAAAGCCACCAGUUCUUGUGAAAAGAGGCACCGCGUUGUUCGUGAUUGACGCUCGCGUGAUCGACUAGUACCAGUUGAGUAAUCGGAAUUCGCGAAACGGGUUCCCUUGUAUUGGAGUGAAUUUUUUUUGAACCAAAAAAGGACAACGUAAUGAGUAAAUUCAGUGGCCUUCAGAAUGGUGUUGCAGCCACCAACGGUGUACACCACAUCACCAAUGGCCAUCAUCAUCAGCAUCAUGCGAUGAAUGGCCAUACCGGCGCGCAGGUACCACACGGAGCACGAAAUGGUACGGAGUAUCGGAGUGUCGAGUCGGUGGCCGUCGGUGGUCCGUUCAAUAUGCCGCGUACCGAGCAUGUUGGGUACACCUAUGAUAUACUGAAGGAGAUCGCUAAUCACCUGCUGGAACGGACAGAGCUUCGCCCGAAGGUGGGCAUCAUUUGUGGCUCGGGACUUGGCACGUUGGCCGACCAGUUGACGGAUGUGGACAGCUUCGACUACGAGACGAUUCCGCACUUCCCUGUCUCGACGGUAGCGGGCCACGUUGGUCGGCUUGUCUUCGGUUUCCUGGCCGGUAUACCGGUUGUCUGCAUGCAAGGGCGCUUCCAUCACUACGAGGGCUAUCCGUUGGCCAAGUGUUCGAUGCCGGUUCGCGUGAUGCAUCUAAUCGGCUGUACGCAUCUGAUCGCCACGAAUGCGGCCGGUGGUGCAAAUUCCCAGUACCGUGUCGGUGAUAUUAUGCUGAUCCGGGAUCACAUCAAUCUGAUGGGCUUCGCCGGGAACAAUCCACUUCAGGGACCGAACGAUGAGCGGUUCGGGCCGCGGUUCUUCGGAAUGGGCAAAGCGUACGAGCCACGGUUGAUUCAGAAGGCGAAGGAGAUCGGACGGCAGAUCGGGAUCGAGAAUGAGCUGCGCGAGGGUGUGUACACGUGCCUUGGUGGGCCGAACUUUGAAACGGUGGCCGAAGUGAAUAUGUUGAAGAUGCUCGGGGUGGACGCGAUCGGAAUGUCGACGGUGCACGAGAUCAUUACGGCGCGCCACUGCGGGAUGACGUGCUUUGCGUUCAGUCUGAUCACCAACAUGUGCACGAUGAGCUACGAGGAGGACGAGGAGCACUGUCACGAUAGUAUCGUGGGGGUGGGCAAAAACCGUGAGAAGACGCUCGGUGAGUUUGUGAGCCGGAUCGUGAAGCACAUUCACUGUGAGGGGAAGAAGUGAGAGACGGGAGAGAGAGAGAGAGGUUUGGGUGCCGCUAGAAUACUUUAAUUAGUGAUUAAUUUAGUGCUGUAAGUGUAUGUAGGUAGCAUGUUUUAUGAAAAUGACUCCACGGGGAGCUGUAAUAAAAAGAAGCGAAUCUAAUGUUUACCAUAGGAA